UGGAUGCAUAUUAAAGCGAACGAGAGAGUUUCAGUUAUCAUUUUGGUCACGAAUAGAAUAUUUAUUUCUGUCCUGUCGAUAUUUGUUGACAUCAACAGAUCAAUUUUUUUCACUCCUUCCGUUGAUGAUUCGCUGUUGUCUGUUGAUAUGAUCUGAAUGAAAAGUGGUGUCCAUUUUAUAUUUAAGAUAAGUGAAUUUACCAGAGCUGGCCGCUGUAUUCCGACGUGGAACUGGGUUUGUAAUACAAGAUGCCUGCAACAAGAAACCAGUCUCCACAAGUUACAGGGAGAUUGACUCGAAAUACGUCUCCACGACAAUCAGACCCAAGUCGCCCAGAUGCUAGGACUAGACAGGCUUCACCACGGGGGGCUGGGAAAACAGAAAUCAAGAUACUAUCUCCACGAAGCCAAGGGAAGGAAAAGUCCUCUGGGACCCAAUCAAGAUUAUUGCCAAGAAAAGUAGGAAACUCUGGAGAGGAGAGAAAUGUAAAAUUGUCAAAUGAAAAAUCUGCAACGAAUCCCGAUGAGGCAAGUAAAGUACCACUGACUAGUCAAAUCAAACAAAACAAAAAAAGUUUGGAGAAUGACACAGUUCAAAAUCCUAGCAGAUUAUCAAGAAUUCAAGCUUCACAGGAACCAAUCAAGAAUAAAGACCAAGAAAAAGAGGAAACACAAUUAGAGGGCAGGACUGCAAGACGAUUAACAAGGAAGUGUAUAGAUACUCCAGAAUUGCCUGUAUCAGGUGCAAAGUCAAAAUUUGUUGAGCGCACAGCAAACAGAAGGUCAUUUAGAGGAGAAAAAGAGGCAGAUAGCCAACCUGAAGUUCAGUCUGUGAAGGAAGUACUUAGCAGUUCAGCCAGUAAGGAACUAGUCUCUGAGGGAAUAGAUGGGAAAGCAACCAGAGAAGAUGGUGAGUCUGAAAGUCAACAGAGGAAUAAUGACUCUGACUACAACACAAAAAGCAACACACCCAGCGGGACUAAAGAUGCUCAAAAGAAAAAUACAUUGACUCGGGAUAAGGCUUCAGAGGGAAAAAAUGCAAGCUUGAGCGAAGUAACGAAAGCUUCAGAAAAGUCACAGAUGCCUGGAUCAGAUGAAAGUGGAGAAGAGAAUGUUGCCAAGAGAAGAGGAAAGAAGAGAAGUAAUGAUGAUGACAGUGCAAACAAGGAGGAGACAAAGAGGAAAAAGGUAGAUGAUAAAGAUACAGAGUCUGAAGGAAAGAAAGGCCCAGGAUUGGGAAAAAGUACAGCCACAUCAGCAGUCUCUAGUGAUGAUACAUUUUCACCUAGGAGGAGUGGCAGAGGUGUGGUUCCCAAUCGGCGUUUCAAAGACAUGGAGAUGAACUUCAGUCUUACAAGCAAACGACGUCAAAGUGCUGAUGAUGGUGAGAAAUCAAAAACAACUUCCUCAGUAAAGAAAAAGACUGAUAAGUCUAAAGCCAAGGAAAAUGACAUCAAAUCAGAACCUGUGGCAUUACCCAAGUACGAAGAUGAUGAUCACAUUGACCAGCCCAAAAUGAAAGAUGAUAUAAACCCGUGUGUCCUAGAGGAAAAGACUGACCACCAGGACGUUGUGAUGGAGACGGUGGAGGAACACACUAAUUGGAUUGGCGAGGAAGUAGUCGCUGCAAGCAGAGAACUAGUCAUAGAGCCUAUGGAGGAAGAUACAACCACAGCAACUGUAAUAGUUGAAUCAGCAAGGAAUGAACCAGAUACCACAGAGAAUGCUGUCUCCGAGGAACAAAACACAGCUGCCCUGGAAAGUUCCGAAGAGUUUGUCAGUGAAGAAAACUUGGAGGAUAUUGCCCAGCAAACGAUGCAUCUGCUUAUGAGAGAAAAUGGUUUAGGUAGAUCUGGAGAAAAUUUUGUGGUAACUGUUUCAUCUGAAGAGAUCAACAAAUCCAAGUUAACUACAGCUAGUGAAAUAAGUGGAGAAGUAGAUCAGGUUAAGGAUUCAAAUGUUUUAGAGGUUACAAUGGAGACUGAAAACAAGGAAACAGUAGAAAGUAGUAGUAAAGAGACUGAUGCUGAGGAUGAAACUAAUAAAGAAACAUCAGUUGAAACAGAGCAAAAUCAAGAAAAGGACAAAAAUACAACUUCUGGUGAUACAGAAACGGAAAUUGUCCAUUGUGCUGAGACGGUUAAGAAUCUUGAAGGUUACAAAGUGAUACGUUUAGAAGACAUGGUCCAGGAUUUAGGUGGAAACACUAAAGCAUCAGAACUUACAGCAAGGGCGGUUACCAACAUCGAGAAGGAUGUUGACGAAGAAAUUAUUCGUAAGAUUUUGUUAUCCAACAAAACUUUCAAAGAUACUGACGAAAUAGAAAUUCAGUUCAUAGGGGGUGAUGAUUCUUCAGGUGAAAUUAAUGAGGCAAACAUAUUGUCGGAGAAGAUUGUUGCUAUGAAAAAUAUAACUAAGAGUAACAUGUCAACUACCUCAACACAGACACCGAUUAUUUCAAGUCGAAUAGCCAACCUCCCGGGAAAAGGGAAAAAGACGUCACCAGUACAGCCGCCCCGAAUCAAGACAAUACGGGUCAAUAUACAGCGCCCUGAUGGAAGAGAGGAGACAAAAGAGGUGGACAGUGAGGAAGGAAAACCACAGGAGUUUGUGAUCGUCCACCUCCCUGAAGGCACCAAGGUCACAAGGCCACAGGUCAAGGAUGACAAGAAUGAGGAGACUGUGCCAUUUGACCAGACAGGUGACGGCACGUUUAUCUGCGGCGUCUGCGACUAUACCACACCGAAAAAGGCCAACUGGUACAAACACAAGAAAAAGCAUAUGACUCAGAAACCCCACUGCUGUAUGAAGUGUGGCUAUCAAGCAGCCACCAGUAGCAACCUGAAGAGACAUCUGGCCAUUCAUGAUGACAUUCGUGACUUUCAGUGUGAAUUCUGUUUCAUGACGUUUAGACAGAAGAUUCACCUGGAGAGGCAUGUCAAAUACAGACACGAGGUGAAGAAGGUGAAGUGCCCUCUGUGUGACUAUGUGUGUGCCAAUGAAAACCCUGACCUGAAGGUUCAUAUCAAACGGCGACAUCUUCCUCAGGACUCCAACGAUGGCUCGGUCCGCGCUUUUGCAUGUGAUGAGUGUGGCGCGGUGGCCAUCAACAGAAAGGACCUGAAACAGCACAUGAAGUUCCACAGGAAGGGGCCUGAGCUGAAGCUGUACUGUGAACACUGUAGUUUUGUGACAGACUGUGAAAGUCGUCUGAGGCGACACAUGUUUAUACACACCAAUGAAAAACCAUUCCAGUGUGGCCUAUGUGAGUACCGGGGUACACAGAAAGAGCAUGUUCUCCGUCACAUGAAGUCGCAGCAUAAUAUUGACAUUCAGAAAAAGGGGCGCAGCUCUGACGAGGCAUCAGUUGAUGGUUCAACCGACUCCAGAGAUCUCCUUUUGGACAAGAAACCGUACAAGACUGACUACAGCAGCCAGGAAAAGAUUUUUGCUUGUAACCAUUGUUCAAUGAAAUUUGCAAAACUUUUAAAUUUGUAUAAACAUUUACAUGCUCAGCACAAAACCAUACUGCCUGACCAGGGGGAAGAUGAGUAUCUCUGUGUGGUUUGUGACUUCAGGACAGGCAGUAAAAAGAACUUGUUAGUUCAUAUGCGGAAACAUAAUGUUCAGGAUCAGACACCUCCGUCACAUGUCUACUCCUGUGUGUUGUGCAGGUACAUGAACCCAAAACGCAGAAAUCUUUUCCAACACAUGAAAAAGAAGCACAAUAUAGAGAUUGUGAUGCGGGACGAUGGUUCUACAAGCUGUUUCCUCACAGACAGCAGUUCCAAUGUGGCAGGUAAAGAUGAUAGUCUCCAAAACAUCCUGACUGUUGGUGAUAUUGUCACGACGACAACGGAUGACUCGCAGCUACAGAUUGUGAUGGAUGCAUGUGAAAAGAGUGCUGUUCAGGUGCAGAAUGUGAUCAAUUUAGAGGACAUUGCUAACUGUGUGUCUAACCCCCACUCCAACAGCAACAACAUUAUCAUUCUAGAGCAAGGACAGUCUAACACCUUUGUUCAGCAUGAGGCAGCAGAAGCCAUUGAGGGACUGCAAGCCCUUGCGGAACAGCCCGGCAUCCUAGAGAGCCAGGAAAUCAUUGCAGACCCAGACGCUCAGACAGUGACAGUAGAAGAGGUCCAGACCUCUAAAGGCCUUGCAGAAAACAUGGAAACAGAAAUUGUUACCAUGGAAACUGAGAUAUUAAAGUCGUUUCAGCAAGAGAGUGGGUCCGACAUUAAAAAAGAAAAAGAAUCUGACAUCCAGUUAUCGGAGGAUCAGAUUAUGAACUUGUCCUCUGGAGAUUACGUUGAGAUUAAUGGUGAGAUGUACAAGGUGGAGAUUUCUGCAGAGGAUGGAAAUGCCGGGGAGCUGGAGAACAGGGAAACGGAGGAGGAGGAGGAGGAGGAGGAGGAGGAGGAAUUCACCUCGGAACUUGUCGAGGCAUCAGAAGAGCAGCAGGUUACAGUGUCAGAUGAAAAUGCAUUCCAGGAGUUUGUGCAGAUGAUGACCGAGUGUACAGAGGACACUAGUACAACCCCUAUUGCCAGUCAUACUGCCAGCAGUAGUAGUGAGGUGUUGACAGACAGUCAAGCUGGGGGCACAGCUAUACAGAUAAUUCCAACAGAUUCCAGUACUGCUAGUGAUCAUGCGGGUGGCUCUCACAUAAUUAACUCUGAUCAGGACGUCGACAGUUUGACAGUUCUCGCAGAAAUAACAAAUGCAGCUUCGGAGGUUGAAACAGAGUUCAUAACGAUACAAGGUACUGGGGUUACGGACCAUACUGAACCCUCCAAUGUGAUGACUGUGGUGAACGCAGCUACAAGUGCGGACGAAGGUUCAGUUAGUGUAGUGGACGGUCAAUAAACUGGCUAUGGAAAUCUAUCAUAUGAUUCUUCAGAUCAUCAUUUAAUGGAACCUUAUUUGUUUGAAUAUUUCAGUUUACAAAAUACAGGAUAGCACAUUUUCAGAAUUAUUAAAAAAUAAGAUUGGUCUCUAAAAGUUGUUCAAUCCCAAAUAUAAGCAGUGCAUUUUAACAUGCGUUUUGCUGAUUGUGAUCUGAUGUCCAGAUGAGGUUCUAUUGGAAAAAGAUAGGAUAUUAUAUAUUUGUAGAUGUAUACAAUGACCAGUACAUAAGGUAUUUGUAUACUAUUCAGGAUGGUGCAAUUAAAAUUUUAAGACAUUUGCUAUCGGUACAAAAAGAAGCCUAAAAAUAAUGCAAAUAGUGUGAAAAACAACUUUAAAGAUUUAAUUCAUUACCAUUGCAUUGCUAUAUUGAUGUCCGAUGACCCUAUUUUUCUAGUCACAUGACGUUGAAAAGACGAUUGAAUUUGUACAAUCUGAAUAUCACAUAGAUAUAUAUUGUAUAAUAUUAUGCAUCUGAUGAUUUGGAAAAUAUCUCUUUUCUGGAUGCAUGCUAAUAUGUACAGGACCUUGUAUAUACUUUUCAAUUAUAAUCUUACUUCAGGAAUUUAUGGAAAUGUGUACUGGGUUCGGUACAAUUACCUCUGUGUUAACUCAUUCACCCCCUGAAGACACAUUUGAACCCUUCCAAUUCAAAGGUUGGAAUAGUUCAUUAUGAAACUUCAGGGGGGUCAAUGAAUUAAUCCUUUAUUUUUGUUACACAUUGUAUUGUCAUUCUGAUAAUUGGUGUUUAAAGGGAAUAAAAAGAUAUUGCUUGCAUGUACAGUAUUUGUAAUAAAAAAAUAGCUAACAAUCAGAGUACAUGUACAUGUGUGAGUAUAAUCAUACCUGCUAAUUAAAUUAUGUUAAAUUAUAGAGAGUUAAGACGGUUAAGUUAUGAUUGUAGGUGAAUAAGUAAAAUACUCUUGUUUUUAAAUACAUUGUUAUCAGUGAAUUUAGCAAAAAACUGUUUCAGAUUAAGGGAAAUUUUACAUGCCCAUCAAAACUAUUUGAAGAGACUUAUUAUGACCUUAAUUUCUGCAAGAUAGUCUAAGAAUUUCUGAAAUAUAAUUCCAAUUCCAAAGAUGAAAUAAUGGUAAGCAUAAUCAAUUGGUAGCAUAAGUGCGGUCUGAACGGUCAACAAAGACGGAGGCUGAGAACUGUAUUGGUUAACAGUUUUUGCUCAAUAACUUCAUCUGAUAUGACUGGAUUCUCAUGAAUAUUUUUUCCUAUAAAAAGACAAGGGCUUUGUUCGAAUUUGAACAAAUAUGUCUUUAAUAGUUAUCUUUCCUAUAGUCCUGCGUUGAAAACAUUUGUUGCCUUUGUAUACUUUUCUUUCGCGCAAUUUUUCCAGAGAAUAACAUUUUUUUGAACAACCUUGUUACUUUUACAUUAACACAUUGUUGAAGUGAUUAAAAUGUGAAAGAGAU